CGGUGCUGAGCAGUGUGCAAAGGCUUUCCUGUUGGGGCCGACAUCAUGCUAGAACUGGCUGAAUCCCCCCCAGACACCUGUGUCCUGUUUCCCCCAGGGCCGGAGACCUGUUACCUUGAUUGGCUUCAGCCUGGGAGCCAGAGUCAUCUACUUCUGUCUGCAAGAGAUGUCUCAGGAGAAAGAUUGCCAAGGCAUCAUCGAGGACGUGGUCCUGUUGGGUGCACCCGUGGAAGGAGACCCCAAGCACUGGGAGCCUUUCCGGAAGGUGGUGUCAGGGAGGAUUGUCAACGGCUACUGCAGGGGAGACUGGCUACUGAGCUUUGUGUACCGCACAUCCUCUGUGCAGUUCCGUGUUGCUGGCCUCCAGCCCGUGCUAUUGCAGGAUCGGAGGAUGGAGAAUGUGGACCUGUCCUCCAUGGUCAGUGGCCACCUGGACUACGCCAAGCAGAUGGACGUCAUCCUGAAGGCCGUGGGCAUCCACACCAAGCCAGGCUGGGACGAGAAGGGGCUACUGCUGGCCCCCAGCAGCCUGCCCCAAGAUGAGCCCAGCCAGGUAGCAGUUGAGACCACCCAUCAGGAUGGGCAAACCCAGGGGCUCGCACCCGAAGACACCCCCAAAGUGGCUAUGUCCACUGACUCCAGCCAAGCCCAGGUGCCCACAGUCCUGGACCAACCUGAAGGGACCCCACUUCCUCCUGCUGCCAGCCCAGCUGAGAGCCCCUGUGUCUGCAGGCAUGGCAUGGGCCCCAACCCACUGGGCUGCCCUGACUGCACCCACGAGACCCAAGGGUUCUGCCAGGGACUGGACUGACCCUAGUGGAGACCCUGGGCAUCUCCCCAGAUUUCUCUAUGCAGCACUCUCCCCGGGGAGCUCUGAAGGUUGGAAAUCCACAAGUGCCUUUCCUAAAUUGAAGGAAUCAGAACUGAAAAAGAACUUGAAGGAAGGGGAACAGGGGAGAAAACACUGCCACCUGGGCAACAGAGCACAGUUCCAACUCCAGGGCUCCCAUCCAGCCAUGGGCUUCCUGCAUUUGAAGUCCCAGCUGAGAGGUCUGGCUAUUCAUGAGGAGGUAGGUCACAGGUCUCUCUGGGGCUGGAGGCUCCCAUGCCACCUCCUUCCCCUGGCCUCUGUGGCGCUAGGUGUCUUCCUGCUCUUCCAUAAACACGCCAGCACUGCCCUCUAGCCCCAGGCCCCACCAAUGGGCUCCUACAGAGCAGACCCAGGUGCCAAGGGGCAGCUUCCUCUCUCUGCUCUUAGAAGAUCUGAUCGGCUCGGUCUGUCCUGAAGGUCUAUGCAGGUUGUGCACUGCACAACUACAGAAGCAACAGUUACACAGAUGGGAUGUGAACAGCAUCCCUAGAGUGUGCAUCAUGGUGGUUCUGAAUAUAACUGGAACGGGGCACGAGGAAUAAACACUGAAUUGGCAUUUGGUGUAGUGGGAACUGAGCCUGGAGGCAAGCGUGGAUUAUACAGCGAAGGAGUUCUUGUAGCAGGAACGGGUGACAACAACAUCUAUAAAUGAUAAGAGCA